UAGGCCUAUCUGUUUAGUUCAAUGCCAAAGACACUGUAUUGGGAUCUAUAAAAAAUAGUUAACGCGCAGUUUUGACAGGCCUACGUACACUUGUUUUUUGUAUAUUGUAAUACGCCGCUGGUAUUAUUAUUAUUGUUUUAUACACAUUUUAGACGUAAAAAAAAUAGACGCUUCUUAAUAAUGACGUGUUUGACGACUGUUUUUCGGGCAAUUGUUCUAUUAUCUGCAUUGCAAUUAUUAUCGUCGCAAAAGAAUGGCAACGACCAGCCGAUAGUCGGAAUUUUGACUCAAGAAAUCAAAUGGUCAGUAUUAAGUAAAAGCUACCCUGAAUUACCACUUAGCACGACUUACAUAGCUUCUUCGUACAUUAAGUCUGUGGAAGCCUCAGGAGGUCGAGUGAUUCCGGUUUUCACCAAUAAGUCACUAAUGUAUUAUACCGAAGUAGUAAUGCAAGUUAAUGGAAUUUUAAUACCAGGUGGAAGUGCCGAUGAAACUUUUGAUUAUGGGAUAGGCAAAUCAGUGGAUAUGAUUUUCAAAAUAGCAAAGACUAUAAAUACCGCUGGCGAUUACUUUCCUAUUCUAGGCAUUUGCCAAGGAUUUCAACUUCUCUUACUAAGUUCAAAUAAUGGAGCAUCACCGCUAACAAAGUGUCGAUGUAACAACCUCAAUACGCCAUUGAAUCUAAUUUCAGACAUGGAAGCUAAAAGUGUUUUAUUUCAAACUAUGCCAAACAAUAUUAAAGAUAUAUUGCUGUCUGAACCGGUUACAGCAAAUCAUCACGAUUGGUGUAUGACGAGAAAAAACUUGACUUCUACAGGUUUAGAUUCAUUUUGGAAUGCAAUAACAAUAAAUAAUGAUAAAGAUGGUCUCGAAUUUAUUUCCACGAUAGAAAGCAUACAAUAUCCAUUCAUAGGAUUACAGUUUCACCCAGAAAAAAAUGCCUAUGAAUGGGAACUAGAUGAUCCGCACAACUGGGAGGCUAUUAUCACAGCACGAUACUUUUAUGAUUUCUUUUUAAACAAAUGUCGUAAAAGUAAACAUAAAUAUAUUAGCAAAAAAAAGCUGAAAAGAGAUUUAAUAUAUAAUUACCAAGAAACAUAUGUUGGAAAUGUUACAAAUGCUAUUUUCGAACAAGCAUACUUUUUUAGUGACAGUACAAUAAACAAUUACUUGGAAACAUGAUCUCUUGACACCUAUUUCAACAUUUUAUUCUUCACUUGAUUAUGUUAAAAAAUCAUUAAGUCCUUGAUCAAAGCUACAUAUCCACAUACCAGAGAACAAAUGAAUCCUUGAUAUGCACUUCGGUGGCAUAGGAGGUGUUGUAUAAUUAUCAAAUUGAGCAAUUGUAAUGGCUAUGCCGUAAACAAAUGUGUAGGUAUUUAAUAAAAAAUAAUUGUCCCAUGAUAAAACCGAAUCCGCUAAGUGCGGUGAUUCCAAAGUUUUAAAUCACCAUUGAGGUAAAUAAAAAUUGUUUAGAACUAUAAUUAUUCAAAUACAUUUAACUUUUAAAUUAAGUUGUUCUGGGUAACCCAUUUUUUUAAAUUAUGUU